UGUCGUUUCUCUCUGUGCGGUUGGUCCGAUUUCCCACGGGACUGGAAUGCAGCAUUUGACAAAUCAGCUGAUAUAGAAAAAAGAGAAGUCUCGGGCAGGAAGGCCGCCCUCUUGUGUGACGCAUGGUUCGCGCUACGGUACGCCAUUUGUGUCUAGCAGCAAAAAGCGCGGAGAGUGGAAACAGUCGUAUAACAAGAGGAAGCUUGAUCCAGCAUUGAUGAAAGCAGUCAACUUCACUGUCAGAUGUAAUUAUACCAGGGUAUGAUAUGGAUAAAACAUUGAUAUCAGGAAAAGAGGAGGAAAGUGACACCAGUAGGAAGGUGCAGUCGGAUGAUGUGGAAAUGGAGGAAAAUAAAAGACACUCUCCCGAUAGGACUGCUGAGCCCCUCGAAGCAGACAAGGAACUCGCUGAGAAGCCGCGGCCAGACUCUGUACCUGAAGAUGGGGAUAACGUCUGCACAAUUUGUGGCUUCUCAGCCAAAUGCCCAAGAUCACUGAAGAUUCACUAUGCACGAAAGCAUGGAAAGAACUCAAAGAACAGUGAUAAAACUGAAAAACCAGCUGCAAAAAGUGAAAAUAUCUGUGAUAUCAGUCCAGCUGAAACCCAACAGGAGACAGACAUGGAGACAGAAAGUGGUGCUGAGGUUAAACAAAACCAGGAGUCUUUGGAAUUAAGAUCAACAACCAAUGACAGUGGCAUGAGCACAAAGAGUUCAACUAAAAAACAGAGUCUAUCGGACAAACAGCAGGCAGAUCAAGAGGACGUGACUCCCACCCAAGAGAGAAGAGUGAGCAAGCGAACCCCCAAACCUAAGAUGAUUCACUCCUGCAACUACUGUGGGCAAGAGUUUAGGGACAAGGCUCCUUUAGAUGUUCAUGUCCAGAGAUACCACACCAAAGACACUCCAUACACAUUUGAUGCUGAUGAGAACAUGGAUGAUGAAGAGGAAGCUGGGGAUUCUGGGAGCCCUGUGAAAGCUACUCCAACACGAGUGGUGCCCAAACAAGCGCAGAGCAGGUUCCAGCUGAAGUGUGCACACUGUGAUUUUAGGGUCAGUAACCCUUCGCUGCUGGAGAGCCACGGUCGAGUCAAACACCUGGACCAGGAGUGGUACCGUUGCAAAUUGUGCAACUUUUUUUCAGCCACACGUGAGUGGAUGGACGUUCACCUGUCCUCAGAUAGCCAUGUGCAGCAGCAGACAGGGAAGAAAAAUGCAGAAUCUUCCUCGUUUGAAGUCUAUGUUGAGUGCGUAAGCAGAGACAGUGCUGGAGAUAGUGCAAAUAUAGACGAUAGGGCUCAGGCUGCUGGAGAAAUAGUAGUCACUUUGACAGAAGGAGACCAGGAAACUGAGGAGGCAGUGGAGGCAGCUAAAGCUGAGUUGGUUGAGGUGGAAGAUUCAGAGCUUGAACCCCCCAGAAAGAAAAGAGGAAGACCGAAGCAAGGGUCCACGACUACUUGUGGAUACUGUGGCCUGGUGGUGUCGAACGCCACCAACCUGAGUGUUCAUGUCCGGCGUAAACACAGCAAGGAGUACGGAUACAGCUGCACUCUGUGCAACUACAGCUGCGUGACCAAAGGAGACAUGGAUCGUCACUGUAUCACCAAGAAACAUGUUAGACGUGCACAAGAGUGUGCAAAUAAGAACCCUAACAGGGCCUCACAGAGCACCAACAAAGAGCAGGAAUCUGACAACACAGUCUCUAAAGGACACAGUGGAGGAGAGCCUACUCAGUCAGACACAAGCCAGAAAAAAAGUAAAUAUGACUCUGUUAAUGCUUGCAGCCACUGCGAUUUUGUUGCUCAAUCAAUUCCUUCUCUACAUCUCCACGUUAAGAGAAAGCACACCAAAGAUUUUGAGUAUGUCUGUCUAGCAUGUAGCUACUAUGCUGUUACGAGCAGAGAAAUGUCUCGCCAUGCAAAUACAGAGAAGCACAAACAGAAAAGCCAGAAAUACCUGGAGCCACUGGGCGCUGAGGGACAAAGAGCUUUGGCGCUCCCAUUGAAGCUGAAGGAGGUCAUUGAGCUUGCAGGGGCAAACUCUAACCCUGAAUGUGAACCUCUUAGCCCCACAGAAGAGUCUGGAUCUUGUUCUGAUGAUAGUCAAGCAAUGGAAGGUCAGAGUACAGCUGCCUCUGCCAUCACCACAGGACCUGUUGAUGCUGAGGUUAGUGUUGCUGGCAGUGCAGAUGAGAAGCAAACAGAGAAUAUUACAGCCUCCACUGAUGGAGAAUCAGAUCUUGCCAACCAGACUAAAUUCAAAGUAGUAUCUGAACCCCAGCAGGCUCCAGCAGAUCUUCAGCCUGCAGUCGACCAGUCUGCACAACAAGAGAGCCAGGAGGAAGUUGGUACACAAGAAGGCGAUGAACGUUCACAUGCUGAUGUGAUGAUGACCGAUGCAAAAAGUGACAGCUCUCAUUCAGAUACACAAAUGUCCAAAGCCCCUCCUUUUGAUGCCUGCAUUGUAUCAAUGAAGACACUUGCUGAGCAGGAGCAGGCUCUGCAGGAGGGUCUGUCUCUGGAAGGUGAGGCUGCUGUGAUAUGUCUGACCGGAGGCUCACCUGUGCCCUCCAGCCUCCCAGCCCCCAGUUCUGCAUAUAUUAAGAAGCUCAAACCCAAGGAGGUGAAGGUGAGAGAGGAAGCCAAAGGAAGCAGCACUCGCAUACGCUGCGAGGACUGCGGCUUCAUGGCCGACGGCAUCAGUGGCCUCAACGUCCACAUCUCGAUGAAGCACCCGUCCAAGGAGAAGCAUUUCCACUGCUUGGUGUGCGGCAAGUCAUUCUACACAGAGAGCAACCUGCACCAGCACCUGACCAGCGCCGCGCACCUCCGCAACGAGCAGAACAGCGUGGAGGAGCUACCUGAGGGGGGAGCGAGCUUCAAGUGCGUGAAAUGCACAGACCGCUUCGAAACAGAGCAGGAGCUGUUUGUUCACAUUAAAGAGAAACACGAAGAGCUCCUCAGAGAGGUCAACAAGUAUGUGCUAGAGGACACGGAGCAGAUCAAUAGGGAGCGUGAGGAGAACCAGGGCAGUGUGUGUAAAUACUGUGGCAAGGUGUGCAAGAGCAGCAACUCCAUGGCCUUCCUGGCACACAUUCGCACUCACACUGGAUCUAAGCCCUUCAUGUGUAAGAUCUGCAACUUUGCAACCGCUCAGCUGGGAGACGCAAGGAACCACGUGAAGAGACACCUUGGCAUGAGAGAGUACAAAUGCGACAUCUGUGGAUGGGCCUUUGUGAUGAAGAAACACCUCAGCACCCACCUACUGGGAAAACAUGGAGUUGGACAGCGUAAAGAGAGGAAGUUUGAAUGCGAGUUGUGUGAGCGCUCCUUCAGUGAAAAAUGGGCCCUAAACAACCACAUGAAACUGCACAGUGGGGAGAAACCAUAUAAGUGUGCCUGGCCGUCCUGCCACUACGCCUUCCUCAACCUGUCAGCCAUGAAGGACCACUAUAGGACACACACUGGAGAGAAGUCUUAUCUGUGUGACCUGUGCGGUUUUGCAGGAGGCACGAGACACGCCCUCACCAAACACAGACGCCAGCACACAGGAGAAAGGCCCUUCAAAUGCAAGCUCUGCAACUUCGCCUCCACCACGCAGUCCCACCUAUCGCGGCACAAACGUGUUCACACCGGGGAGAAACCGUACCGCUGCCCCUGGUGCGACUACAGAUCUAACUGUGCUGAGAAUAUCCGGAAGCACAUUCUCCAUACGGGAAAACACGAGGGUGUGAAGAUGUACAACUGUCCCAAAUGUAACCAUGCCACCAACUCUCCCAUGGAAUUCCGCAACCAUCUGAAGGAGAAUCACCCUGACAUUGAGAACCCAGACCUCGCCUACCUACAUGCAGGUAUUGUGUCCAAGUCUUUCGAGUGUCGUCUGAAGGGCCAGGGGGCUACAUUUGUGGAGGCAGAGACCGUGGGCUCCCCUGUACGCAGGAAGGGCUCAUCAGAGGCAUCCGGGCACGAUGAGGAAGUGCAGCAGGUCAUCAUUAUCCAGGGCUAUGGCGGCGGGGAGGUAGCCAUCGACCAGGCCCUGGAGGAGUCUGCUGCUGCCACCCUGCAAACACUGGCCAUGGCUGGCCAGGUGGCCGAGGUGCUGCACAUCACAGAGGACGGACAGGUCAUAGCCUCAGGCAGGGAAGUGGCAUCCGCAGGGGCCCACCUGGCUGGAGGAAGCACCCAGUAUGUGGUGCUGGAGUCCGGGGAGGCCAGGGAGGAGCUGCGGGCUGUGGCCAGAGGAGAGGUGGCAGUUGCCGCCGCAGGAAAAAGUCACAUUGUGUCCGAGUCGUCCACGGCCCUGGACGCUCUGCUCAGCGCCGUCAGCGAAAUGGGCCACCAGGAGGAAAUGCAGGGAGAGGCAGCCGUCAUCCACGAGGUCCUGACCCCCGAGAUAGUCGAAGCCGUGCAGAGUGAGGCGCAGUCGGAGGUGAAACAGGAGCAGGAGGAGGUGCGGGUCAUCCAGGAGACCGGCCAGGAGGAGAUGCAGGAGGUGCUGCAGCUCGCCGCGUCACAGAUGAUGAAAGAAGGUCUGACCCAAGUCAUCGUCAAUGACGAAGGCACUCACUACAUCGUGACGGAGCUGGACAACUGCACCUUACAGGUGGAGGGAAGCGUGUAUGGAGAGGCUGGGGCAGGUGACGGGGAGGUGCAGCAGGCAGAGCAGCAGGCUGGAGAAGAAAUGGUGGUUUAUUUGGAUGGAGCCCCUCAUAAUAUAGUCCUGGAGGGGUAGAAGAGAGAGAAAAGAAGUAAUAGAGGUAGAGAUGUGUCAUUUUAUUUCAGUUUUUUCCCUGUUUAAUUUUGUUAAAGCCUGCAUUAGGCCAGAUGUUUUCAAAAUCAGUCUCUUACAGUCUUCCUCUUCCCUUGUUCCCUUUAAUUUCACCCUGUUUGAUUCUUCCCCUACAUCUCCUCUGUUUUCUGUUUUUUACUGUCUUCUCUUGGGCUAUGCUAAACUCAGGUUAAACAUCAUUUAUUUAGAGGGACAGUGAAGGAAAGAGGUUUUGGUGCUAAGUGAGCUAACUUGCAAUCCUCACCCCCACCAAGACUAUAUUAACACCUUGAUUAAUGCCACGCAAGGAAAUGAAUAUAUAUCUUCUUUAAAUAUUUUUUAAAAAUGCAUCAAAUAUUCUGAGAAUGAAAUGGCUCACUAAAAAGGAGGAUGUGUAUUUUGCCCUGUAGAGGUAACAACAGUUUUCUUUCUCUUUUUUUGUAAUACAUUUGUAUAUCACCAUCUGAAGUUUUGUUUUGUUGUGAUUUUCCUCAUAAGUCCUAUGACGGUUUGGUUUAUUAAUUUCUGUCUAUUUUCUGAAGUGUUUUUCUUCCAUCCUCUGUAGUGAUUAGUGUAUUAUCAGUUAUAAAACCAAUAAUUUGGUGGAUUUUGAAAAAUUCCACAACAGGUCUUAGAUGUUUUAUGUGUAACAAAUUAUACUUUUUUGUCAACCCAUCAUUUUUUUGAAAAACCUCUAAUAAAAUGAAUGCAGUUUCAUUUGUGACAAUAAAAAUUGAGCCUAAUUUUUAA